ACAGAGUCACAGACUCUUCGUCCUCUACCUUCCUCCUUUCUCAUUUUAUUUUCCAGCAAAACCAAAAUAUAUAUUCUUCUCACUUUCCGAGCUUUUUCAGUGGUUUUUAUCUUUUCAUUAAUGGCGGCUCCGAUCAUACUUUUCCCUUUCCUUUUCUUCUUCUUCUCUGUCUCCGUCUCUGCACUUAACGUCGGUGUUCAGCUCACACAUCCCACCAUUUCCCUGGUCAGAUCAUGUUUCUUUCAUAUUUUUAAUGCAGUUAUCUACUAGAAUAUCAGAGUAGUCGGUUUAGGUAAACCGUGUAGCUAUGAUUGGUUUGAUGAUUAGACCAAAAAUUCUCUAUGUCUAUCUGAGGAUUUAUGUAACAAGACAAUGUGAGAAUAACCUAAUUUUCCCCCAUUUCAUCUUCUUCUUUCAUAUUCUGACUAAGUGGGAUUUGAUACGUGAUAUGUCAUUUGGUUUAAUUCCUAUUUGUACCGAUCGAUCACCGCUAGAAUUUAAUUUGUUUUGGCAGAGCAAAGAAUGUAGCCGGAAAUGUGAAUCGGAGUUCUGUUCAGUGCCUCCACUUUUGAGGUAUGGGAAGUAUUGUGGACUAUUGUACAGUGGAUGUCCUGGAGAGAGACCAUGUGAUGGUCUUGAUUCUUGUUGCAUGAAGCAUGAUGCUUGUGUCCAAACCAAGAAUAAUGAUUAUCUAAGCCAAGAGUGUAGUCAGAAGUUCAUAAAUUGCAUGAAUAAUUUCAGCAAUAUGAAGCUACCGACUUUUAAUGGUAACAAAUGCAAUGCCGAUGAAGUCAUUGAUGUCAUCUCCAUUGUUAUGGACGCCGCAGUUCUCGCCGGCAGAGUCUUCCGGAAACCCUAAAUUUAUAUAUAUAUAUAUAUAUAUUUUCUAUAUCUUGAGUUAAUUAUUUCUCUUGUUUAUUUCUGAAAACUUGUUUUGUUUCUCUAUUUUACAAAAACCAAAGUAAUAGUUAGCAAUGCUAUAGUUUUAUGCGUCUUAACGAGUCUUUGUCAAAGUACUGAUGUUGAUGUCUGUGAUCAGUAAUAGUGUAUUAAGUACAUUGCC